CAAUCCGGACGGCCAUUCGGAGAAGCCGAGGGCAGCUUAGUCGCGGCCGGUUCCCGUUCCCUCCAGGACGCGAGGGUCGUCUUGGGUGGGGAACCCGCGGCCGGGCGAGGACCUGUUCCGGUGUAGGACUUCCCGGUUUCGAAAGAAUCUCGCUGCACUCCCGCCCAGAGUUCAGACCAAGCGAAAAGUUAUUUGAGAGGCCUCGGGGGCGCGGGGUGAGGAGUCGGUGGCGAAGGCCUUGGUCGGGGCGCGGUGGGUAUCUCCUGCAGUCCCCGCGUCGCUGGGAGGAGCGAGGGAGCGAGCGGGAAGGGGUCUGGCUGGCCUUUGCUCGGCCCUCCCCAGCGCCCGGCCUUGAACCCGCCCUGAGCUACCUGGGCGGGUCCGGGGGUUCCGCACUCGACCCAAAGGUGCAGGCGCGCGAGCACAAGCCAUGGCUGCGCUGGGCUGCGCGAGGCUGAGGUGGGCGCUGCGAGGGGCCGGCCGUGCCCUCUGCCCCCACGGGGCCAGAGCCAAGGCCGCGAUCCCUACCGCCCUCCCCUCGGACAAGGCCACCGAGGCUCCCGGAGCCGGGCAUGGUAUCCGGCGGCGGCAACGGAGCUUAGAGGAGAUUCCACGUCUAGGGCAGCUGCGCUUCUUCUUUCAGCUGUUCGUUCAAGGCUAUGCCCUGAAGCUGCACCAGUUACAGGUGCUUUACAAGGCCAAGUACGGUCCAAUGUGGAUGUCCUACUUAGGGCCUCAGAUGCACGUGAACCUGGCCAGUGCCACGCUCUUGGAGCAAGUGAUGCGGCAAGAGGGCAAGUACCCAGUACGGAACGACAUGGAGCUAUGGAAGGAGCACCGGGACCAGCACGACCUGACCUAUGGGCCGUUCACCACGGAAGGACACCACUGGUACCAGCUGCGCCAGGCUCUGAACCAGCGGUUGCUGAAGCCAGCGGAGGCAGCGCUCUAUACGGAUGCUUUCAACGAGGUGAUUGAUGAUUUUAUGAUUCGACUGGACCAGCUGCGGGCAGAGAGUGCUUCGGGGAACCAGGUGUCGGACAUGGCUCAACUCUUCUACUACUUUGCCUUGGAAGCUAUUUGCUACAUCCUGUUUGAGAAACGCAUUGGCUGCCUGCAGCGAUCCAUCCCUGAGGACACUGUGACCUUUGUCAGAUCCAUCGGGUUAAUGUUCCAGAACUCACUCUAUGCCACCUUCCUCCCCAAGUGGACUCGCCCCGUGCUGCCUUUCUGGAAGCGAUACCUGGAUGGUUGGAAUGCCAUCUUUUCCUUUGGGAAGAAGCUGAUUGAUGAGAAACUCGAGGAUAUGGAGGCCCAACUGCAGGCAGAGGGGCCAGAUGGUGUCCAGGUGUCUGGCUACCUGCACUUCUUGCUGGCCAGUGGACAGCUCAGUCCUCGGGAGGCCAUGGGCAGCCUGCCUGAGCUGCUCAUGGCUGGAGUGGACACGACAUCCAACACGCUGACAUGGGCCCUGUACCACCUCUCAAAGGACCCUGAGAUCCAGGAGGCCUUGCACGAGGAAGUGGUGGGUGUGGUGCCAGCCGGGCAGGUGCCCCAGCACAAGGACUUUGCCCACAUGCCGCUGCUCAAAGCUGUGCUUAAGGAGACUCUGCGCCUCUACCCUGUGGUCCCCACAAAUUCCCGGAUCAUAGAAAAGGAAAUUGAAGUUGAUGGCUUCCUCUUCCCCAAGAAUACCCAGUUUGUGUUCUGCCACUACGUGGUGUCCCGGGACCCCACCACCUUCUCUGAACCUGAGAGCUUCCAGCCCCACCGCUGGCUGAGGAACAGCCAGCCUGCUAUCCCCAGGAUCCAGCACCCAUUUGGCUCUGUGCCCUUUGGCUAUGGGGUCCGGGCCUGCCUGGGCCGCAGGAUUGCAGAGCUGGAGAUGCAGCUACUCCUGGCAAGGCUGAUCCAGAAGUACAAGGUGGUCCUGGCCCCGGAGACGGGCGAGUUGAAGAGUGUGGCCCGCAUUGUCCUGGUUCCUAAUAAGAAAGUGGGCCUGCAGUUCCUGCAGAGACAGUGCUGAGCUGAGUCCCCACCUUGCUGGGGCUUGUCCUAGAGGCUCCAGCCCUGGCAUAGUGGUUCCUGGCUGCGGCGUGUCUCAGAUGAGGAGGGAGAGAAGGAGGCCACCAGACUUGAGAGGUGGAAGGAACUCCCUGCACUUCCCACAGACCCUGAGCUUUUGCCACUUCUGUCAUUUUUGAGCAACUCCCUCUCAGAUAAAAGGCCACCGCUUUAUCGCAUUGCUGUCCUUGGGUAGAAUAUAAAAUAAAGGGACUUUUAUUUCUUAUCGGA